UCCGAAAUGCUGAGCGCGUAAAGUAGACGCAGUCGAACCAUUCAGUGCUCCACGUGUUUCGGCUUUCCACGACUUCCAACUUAGGACCGAUUAGCAUCGUCCGCGUGCGCCCACGGACCGCAUCUCGAUCGGACCCCCUCGAUUCCUACGUCACCGAUAACUAAUCCCCGACACGAUGGCGACAACAAUCACUCGAAGACAACGCGCGUAUUCCACCACGGCGACCCCACUAAGGUCUUUCUCCCUAACGUCGCAACCACUGGUGGACCCGGGAAACGAAUGUCUGAAUACCGGGAUCGGGGGUGCUGAGCACAUCCAGGUCUUGUUCGCACACUCGGAGUCCAGGAUAGUCAACUUCACCUUCACAACCUCUGCGCUCAACGGAGAACCAUUGCCCUGGAGUAGCCCGUUGGAGAGAACUAUCGCCUCGGGCCCGCUACGAAUCUACAAGACGGUACCACACAACAUCGCGUUUCUGCAAUCCGGACCGGCGCUCAAACCAUUGCUAUCCAGAACGCAAUGCUGGAAUCUGGAUGGGAAGAAAGUCUUCUGUCUCCAGCUACGACCAGGAAACUACUGGCGGAUCGAAAUCUUAGGACUGGACUUUCAACUUGAUAUCAAAUGCGCCGAAUUUCGGGACGCGAUGGCGAAGCUUGUAGCUUUCGAGGUUACCGCCUGUCCUUUCUCAAGGUCUGCGACCUGCAUCCCGGUCAUGUCGACGCCGGAAGUUCUUCAGCCCGCCAAGGUGUGGAAACGACCGCCGCUGAGAAGGGUCAAGAGCACGGAAAAGGUCAAAUCGCCGAUACCGGAUCCUCGGAAUGAGGGCCCUGGGGGGCUCCAGGUCACCCGGAAGCGCGCGGAGCGAACCGCCAACCCCGAAAGGAUCAGGCCGAAGUUGGAUUGUGCGAUAUCACUCGAGGAAGGACCAUCACAGGAUCUUCCGAAGCUGUCGAAAAAGAUGAGCUGGAGAGAAACCUUCCCCGAGACCUUCCAGCAACGCCGAGCACUGUACGAAUCGCCAACCACGAGCCGCCGCACUAGUUUUGCGGAAGGAUUCAAGCCCUCGUUGCAGGAGUUGAAGCAGGACGAAAACAUUCCGCGUCGAGGCUCGCUAGGUGGAGACGUUUUCUUCGGCCGGUGGCCUCCCGCGACUACCAUGGAGGCGGAGAAGGAAGUCCUUCCGGCCCAUGCGGUGGAGAAGGACGACGAUAGCGAAGAGAACCAGGAGAAUGUCAAAUGCACCUCGUUCGUAGAAGAUUAUGGCCUAGAGCCCGAGGAAGACCAGUCCGAACAGCCCGAGUCUUUCGGAACGUCGUCGGCCACCAAAACAUACGGAUCUACAGUAUCGCCCCUUCCGAUCAAGACCACGCAGAUGGUCACCAGCGAGUUUGACUUCGGGGCGCUUCCCGAGUACUCUUCUUCCACGGAAUCCGCCCACUGGCAGGACUUCACGCCGCCGCAGAGUCCGCUGUCCGGCGCUAGACUCAAGACGCCUAUCGGAACACCACCUCCCUUUGCGGCACCUCCGAUCUUGAUUCACACCUCCGCACUCGGCGUGUCGUCUCGACACCCCACUCGCCCAUCCACCCCGGAGGACUCGGUCGCUCCGAUCCAUUGGUACACACCCGCGCAGCACAUGAGCACCUGCGAGCAGCGACAGAGCGAUGGUCCCGCACUAGCGACCGUGGAGCUGGCCGCCGCCGUUUCCUCGGGAACCCUGCAGAUCCCGUACACGCCGGCGCGGACCUCCGGUUUCGAGUCCGAACCGGAUGAGCCCCUCCGCACUCCAUCACGUUCGCGUUCGUUCGCCGUAGCAGCGGACACCUAUGCGUCGCGGCCACUUCGCCGGGCGGCCUCAUCCCAGGUCCUCGCGCGAACAGCCAAUAUCGCCGCCUCGGCUGCGAACUUUGUAGUUCUCAAGCCAUCCGCGUUCCUUGUCGCACUGAUGUUCUCUAUCGCGGCUCGCCUCGCCACCCGCGCCGUUGCCGGAGCCGCCCACUCGCUCGCUGAGCGCGGAGAACUGGGGGGUUGGGACGACGAUAGCGAUGACUACGGACUUGCGCCACAAGCUAGGAGCGAACGCCGCCGCAGAAGGAGUGAGACGUGUGAGCGCAGUGCGUGGGGACUUGAGGACCGGUCCGUCGUCAGGAGCAGAAGCAGACGGUUGAAGUAGUGUGUGUCGUGUGCAUGUGUGCAUGUGCGUCUGUGUGUGCGAGUUUGAUAGGCUUUAUACCAUGCCGCGACCAUCGUCUGUAGCAAUCGAUUCGAUUGUUGAUACUAUACCAUACCAUACCUA